ACACAGUUUUGCCUCAAAAACACACUUGUGGUCUCUUCUUUGUCCCCACAUCCCACAUGACUUUGUUUCUCAUUCUUACUCUCUCCCCACCCUCCAAUAAAUACCUCUUCACCCCCUUCGUUUCUUCCCCACCACCCUUCUAACUUCUUUUCUCUUCUCUUUCUCUCGAGCCACCAAGGUCCCUUUUUUCUCCCAAUAUUACAAAGAAAAUAAUAAUAAUGGCCCUCAACAGAUCAAACAAGUUGCCUCAAACAGCUGCUCUAAAGCAAAUUCUGAAAAGAUGUUCUAGCUUUGGGAAGAAAAAUGGUUACAAUGGAGAAGAAGGUCUUCCUGAUGAUGUACCCAAAGGCCAUUUUGUUGUAUACGUUGGUGAAAACAGAAGCAGAUAUAUCGUUCCCAUUUCAUGGUUGGGUCAUCCGGGGUUUCAAAACCUGCUUCAAAGAGCUGAGGAAGAGUUUGGUUUUAACCAUGAAAUGGGUCUCACUCUUCCUUGUGAAGAAGUUGUUUUUCGUUCUCUAAUAACAUCCAUGAUCAGAUGAAGGAAGAAGUGACAAGUGACACGACGUCGUUUUGAAACAAUAAUUCAACACACCCCAGAUGAAGAUUUUAAUUGACGAUUUCAUAUCUAUCAUGUAAACACAUCUGGAGUGGUAUUUAAUGGUUCUGAGUUCUGACCCAUCAUGAUUUUUGUUGCUAAUCAUGAUCUUAAUUAAUCAGGAAUAUUAAUUAGAAGUGUAAAUUAGUUUUAUAUAUAUAUAUAUAUAUGUAUGCAGUUUUUCUUGGUGAUGCGUUUUUGUGUCACUUGAGAGAGCUGACAUUAAUGGAAAAUCAAGGAAUAUUAUUACUU